AUGUCCCGCGAGUCCGCCCUCGCCAUUCUUAAUAUGUUUGACUAUGGCGUGGCGUAUAUCAUUGAUGGUGUUGAUAUCGACCGACCACGCAACGCCCUAACACUUACGCAAGCCCUUCACCAGCACUUCGGCUCAUUUAAUGUGUACUUUGAUCCUGUACCGGGCAAAUACAACACAUACCGGAUCCAGUCGUUUCUCCCUCCGCGAUUAAACCUCACACACGGUUUACCUGUGGACCGGGCGCUCUUCGUUACGAACAGUCACACGAUCGACCCUCCGUCGCCACGCCUUCUUGCUGUGCACCGGGCGAUUGCAUACAUCCUGCAUUUGUCAGGCGCGGGAGACUACAUUGAUGCCAUACUACGCGACAUGGACAAUAGCAUGGUGCGGGCAGACGGGUCUUCGGAGCUGGGCCGGAUGGUAUCUCUGGUCUUGGGGGGAUGGCUCGAAGGCGCAGUUUAUUCCUGA